ACGUAUCCAUCGCGAAGCAAAUUAAAUUCGCAUAUGAAAAGUCAUUUGGAUGUUUUGGAUUGCACCAUUUGCAUGAAAACAUUUAAAAGUGUUGAGAGUCGACGUCGUCACAUGCAACUUCAUACGGCCGAUCCAAAUGUACAGCACUAUUGUACGUUGUGUAACAAAGGAUUCUCAGUGCGCCGGUACUUGAUGAGCCAUAUGCGAACAACCCAUCGAAAUCCAAAGGCAAAAGCGGAAAGACCACCCAAAACGGCGAAAAUUCUCACAUGCGAAAUAUGCCAAAAAGUAUUCGACAAACAAGGAACGCUCAAUAAGCAUAAGAAACGACACAACAAAGAACCAACACGCUAUAUGUGCGAUCAUUGCGGUGAAGAAUUUGAAAAUAGCCACAUUUUACGCAGACAUCUAUCGUCCGUUCAUAAGAUCAGUAAAAAAUAUUUCAAAUGUAAUGUGUGCCAUAAAGUCAUUCCAAAGAAGCGUGAAGAAGAGCACGGGAAAUUCCACUCGGGCGAAAGAGAUCAUCAAUGUGAAAUUUGUGGUCAGACUUUUGUGACCGAAGGAUUAUUGAAUACACACAAGAAACGACAGCACGGUGGAUCAAAAUAUGAUUGCGAUAUUUGCCCCGAAAAAUUUGAUCAACCGAAGAAACUGUUACAUCAUCGUCGAUCACACAACGAACCAAUGGAAAUCAAUUGCAGCAUUUGUAAUCUUGGAUUCUUUAAUGCCAGAUCAUUGGCUAAACACGAAGUUAAAAAACAUGGACAGAAUUUGACCAAAUUUGAAAGCGACAGCGAUAGUGAUACGCUGACAUAAAAUGCCGUUUAAUUUUUAUUGAACUACAUUGUUUUUCGGAAGAAAAAAAAAGAUUUUACUUUUCAUUCAUUUAGCGAUUUAGCCGCUUAGGAACAUAGUUUUUUAAAACAUAUAUUUUAAAUAAA